AAGCUUCGAAGCCAGUGCGACACCAGCGUCGUAACGGUAGCCAAAGCUCCAAUGUGCGCUUCACGACAUGGAUGGAGCUAACGGCCAUGUGCUGCAAAGCCCCACUCUCCACUGAACAUAACAUCGAGGCCCUGUGCUAGUUCCGACCCGCGUCCUCGAUCUUGUCUCUUUGAUCUUGCCCGCCUACCUGCAGCUCGUCAAUCGUCUACGCCCGCAUGUCUCGCAUACUCCCCCGGGCAGGCCCAAGAUAAUCCAGUAUGCAGCUGCCACCAGUGGAUAUCCUCUUGUCCUGGCCUACUCCAAAUUACGACAACCCAGUCACGCGUGGCCCUGCACUUGUCAUUGUCAACUCCAUCUUCAUAUCGCUGGCAACAAUCACUGUUGCUGCUCGUAUAUAUACGCGUAUAGUAAUAAAGAGAUGGUUCGGUAUUGAUGAUGUUUUCAUCCUGCUUGCGCUGCUCUUCACGCUCGGUCUCACUGCUGUUGUUAUCCUAGCGAAUCAAAGAUUCGGGUGGAAUAGACAUGUAUGGGAUAUACCCUUUCCCAUGUUCGUGCCAACCUCAAAGAUCGCCAUGACGGCCAAGGUCGUGUUCGUAGCGGCGGCGACCUUCACGAGACUUUCUCUACAUUGCUUCUAUUACCGACUGGUCACAGACACUGGAAAGUCCUGGUUUAAAUGGGCGAUCCACGCCAACGUCGCCUAUACGAUUGGCCUCUUCAUAUCAUGGACGUUCAUCGGCAUUUUCUUCUGCACUCCCGUGAAGAAUUACUGGACCAUCGGUGCUCCCGCAGACACCUGCAUGGACGAAGCGGUCAUGACCCUCAUUUGCGGCAUCAUGAGCUGUGUCGCAGAUCUUCUUACCACGAUAACGCCGAUACCCUUGGUUCUUGGUCUCCAUAUGCGGCUCCGUGAGCGCAUGGCUGUAGCAUCGCUAUUCGGUAUGGGAUUGAUCGUUACAGGUGCCGGCAUCGUCCGUACAUGGUAUAUCUACCGAAGCCUCUUCAAUGAGUACGACCAGACCUGGUACGCAUAUCCACUUUGGAUUGCAGCUGCAGUGGAGAUUGAUUUGGGAGUGAUAUGCGCCUCGGCCCCCGUACUCAAACCACUCUUCGCGAAGAUACCCUUCAGUCUUUCAAAAUCACUCUCAGGUGGCAUAUCCUUCAAGAAAUCGGCCGGUGAUUCAUCGAAGACGCUAACCGCCAAUCCGUCAGCGUCAAAUGGCUCGAGGCGACGAUCCGCAGCACCCCGCAGUGUACCGGAACUCGCAAACGACAAAGGACAGAGCUAUGAGAUGAAGCAUUGGGCUGAUACGGAAGGCGACCUGGAGCGAGGCAGUAGUCAAGAAGCGAUUUUGGAAGAGGAGGAAUCGCCAAAGAAGGGCAUGUCGCGUCUUUGGGGCAAGAUUAAAAGAAGUUCGGCAGAAGAGCUGGAUUCGGAUAUGACAAUUACGGUGGAACGCGAGGUGGAACUACAAGUCGAGUCGGGACAAAGACGUCCUUCGCGAUACGCGACCCAUGGAGACCUCCACGAGAACCACAUGCCGUUACCACCAUUAGCGCCAAGAUCUCGCGGACACGAUCGGUGACGCACGACAAACUCAUGAUCGUGACGGGCGCGUCUGAUUGGAAUCGAUUACGAUGCGCAUGAAGAGCAUGUGUGCCUUGCUCCCAUGCGGAAUCACGAGCGGAAUU